AUUUUCACACUCGCUGGAACAACAAAAGCAUGCUGUUUUUCGUUUAGUGCCAUCAAAAUACACCGGCGCCUCGCAAUGGAGCUGGAAGAUCCGACAGUGACCUCGCCGGCGAUCGGCAAAAACCUCUACUGGUCAUCGUUGAUAUCAGGCGGAGUGGCCGGACUAGUGGUGGAUGUGGUAUUGUUUCCUAUCGACACGAUCAAAACUCGGCUCCAAAGUGAACGUGGUUUCGUCGCUUCCGGUGGCUUCCGGGGGGUUUACAAAGGUCUUGCGCCAACCGCGGCCGGUAGUGCGCCCACCUCGGCACUCUUCUUCUGCACGUACGAAAGUAUGAAGGCACACUUACGGCAGUACGCAACCCCGGCCCAACUUCCCUACGUGCACAUGGCUUCGGCAGCUGCGGCCGAAAUAGUGGCCUGCCUCAUUCGUGUGCCGAUCGAAAUAGCAAAGCAACGCCGGCAAGCCUUGCUGCACAAGGGCAACACGUCCUCGCUGGAAAUUCUAUACGGUGCACUCCGCAAAGAAGGCCUACGCAAGGGACUCUAUCGUGGCUUCGGAACAACGGUGAUGCGGGAUGUACCGUUUUCGCUGAUUCAAUUCCCUCUGUGGGAAUAUUUCAAGCAACAAUGGCCAGAAGUGACCGGCACCGCCCUAACGCCACUUUCGGUGGCGCUCUGUGGAGCCAUUUCCGGCGGUAUUGCAGCCGGUUUGACCACGCCGCUAGAUGUGGCGAAAACGCGCAUUAUGUUGGCCGAACAGGGUGAAAGUAUGCGAAUGGGUGGCAUGGGACGGAUACUGAGAGGCAUUUAUCGAGACCGGGGGAUCCGGGGAGUGUUUGCGGGCUUCGUUCCACGAGUCACGUGGAUAACGCUUGGUGGGGCAAUCUUUUUUGGAAUGUACGACCUAACGCUGCGUUUUUUAGAUGCAAACGAAGGCAGGUAGUGCCUGAAUGGACAAUACAUUUUACCAAAGAUCAAAAGAAAACUGAGUACUUCCAAACGUUAUAGUUAGUGCAAUGUAACGGUAGCUUUUAUUUGCAACUGUAGAUGAAUAAAUUUACCAUAUCGUAGGAUA